UCAGAGCUGCAUGGGAGACAACGCUGCGGUCCGGUUUCUCGGUGUCUGGUCGGUGCCAUCCUUCCCCUCCCCCUCUCCCGUCCUCCCCAAGCUGGUGGCUCCCCCUCCCCCUCCCCCUCCUCACAGAGGGGGCAGGGGGCUGGGCACCACCUCUAUCAUGCCCUGUGCAGUGCCUGCACAGGGCAGCAGGGCUGUGGCAGCGGCAGGAGGAGGUGGCGGCAGCCUGUGGUGGCGGGAGACGCGUGUCGACUGCUGACCGAUUCCCCGGCUGCCGCUCCCCCGCUCGGCUCCGUCCUGCCCUCCCUCCCUUUUGCCAGGGCUGGCACCACCGUCCCCCCCCCACCCCGCCUCCUCGGGCCCUCCCAGCCUCUCCACGUAACCCCCCCACCUGCCGCGGCUCUCCCUCCCCUCCCCCAGCUGCAUCCUACUCCUCCUCCUCCUGUCCCCUCUCCCUCUCGGUCCUCUCAAGUCUUCCCUUGGUCGGCUCUUCCCAUCCCUCUCACCGGCGUCCCCCCCCCCACUCUGCCUAGCUGGCUCUUUCUUCCUGUGUCCCCAGUCUCAUUGAAGUCCCUCUCUCCCUUGCUCUGAACCGGCCCCCUUGUCCCAUCCUGUCCCCGCCCUGGCCCCUUUGUGCCUCCCCCUCCCUCUUUCUCUCUCCCUCCCUGGCUUGCCAUCCCUUCUCCACCUCUUACCCCCUCAGUUUGGCCUUCCUGUCCUUUCUGGACCCUCCGGUCUCCCUGCCCGGGUCCCAAGUCACCAUGCUUACCCCAAUGGUGGCUGGGGGGGUGGUGUUCCCCGGACUCUUCCUCCUAUCCAAGAACACGCUCCAGAGGCUGCCCCAGCUGCGCUGGGGGGAGGCCGACGCGGUCAUUGUCUCCGCCAGGCUGGUGUCUUCUGUCCAAGCCAUCAUGGCCUCCACAGCUGGCUACAUAGUUUCCACCUCCUGCAAGCACAUCAUUGACGACCAGCACUGGCUUUCCUCGGCCUACACACAGUUUGCGGUCCCCUACUUCAUCUAUGACAUCUACGCCAUGUUCCUCUGCCACUGGCACAAGCACCAGGUUAAAGGGCACGGAGGGGAAGACGGGACGCCCAGAGCCGCGGGCAGCACCUGGGCCGUGGUGCGCGGCUACCUGCACAAGGAGUUCCUCAUGGUGCUCCACCACGCGGCCAUGGUGCUGGUGUGCUUCCCUCUGUCAGUGGUGUGGCGACAGGGCAAGGGAGAUUUCUUUCUAGGCUGCAUGCUGAUGGCGGAAGUCAGCACCCCCUUCGUCUGCCUGGGCAAGAUCCUCAUCCAGUACAAGCAGCAGCACACGAUGCUGCAUAAGGUCAACGGCGCCCUGAUGCUGCUCAGCUUCCUGUGCUGCCGCGUGCUGCUCUUCCCCUACCUGUACUGGGCCUACGGGCGCCACGCCGGCCUGCCCCUGCUCUCGGUGCCCCUGGCCAUCCCGGCCCACGUCAACCUGGGCGCCGCGCUGCUCCUCGCUCCCCAGCUCUACUGGUUCUUCCUCAUUUGCCGAGGGGCCUGCCGCCUCUUCCGACCCCGAGGUUCCCCACCACCCUCUCCUUGUCAGACCCAGGAUUGAGGCUGGGGCCUGGGAACCCCCCCCCCUCCCCAGCCCCUGUGGAGACAGCGCUUUGGGGCCAAUGGAUGUGUAUGGGGGGGGGGGGUGAGAGCCAGGAGUCCCUUGCCUUGACAGCCCCAAGACAGAUGGACUCAGAUGGGGAGGAGCUAUAUGCCCUUGGGAGCUGAGGUCAGACUGGCAGGCAGGAAGAGAGGGGACCGGGAUGGAGAGCCUCAAAAUGAAAGGAAGGGGGACGAGAGCCGGGACUCAGUGGGACCAAGGAGUCAAGGGACAUGGGGGUGGUCCCCCGCUGCCAAGGACACCCCAGCCCUGCUGCUGCAAAUCCCUCUCUGCUCCCCAUCGCCCGGCAGAGAGAAGACCCCCUGACUCACCCCGUGUGGGCACCCCGAGAGGGCAGGGGACCCCUGCGCCUUCCUGCGGGGGACCAUGCUGAGGGACCUUAUUUAUUGAUUGGCCCGCAUCAAGCUAAUCUGUUGGGGUGAGGGGAGGGAGGCGAUUGCUCCCCUACAACCUUCCCAGCGCUGAGCAGCUCUGGGGGCAGGCGCCAGGCCAGUCCCUUCUGUCAGGGGCAUAUUUAGCCCUCGGGCCCCGGCUUGUCCCUGGUGCUACAGGCCUCUCGCGGCUUCCUCCAGUCUGGGGCCACACACAGACCCCGGGAGGUGCUUUUACAGACUGCUAAUAAAGACGAUCUUCCUGAACGC